AUCAAACGUUGUCUUGUUCAUCUCAAACAGUUUCUUCACAUUUUCAAAAACCUGUAGAAAGCUACACGUCUCUUCUUCCUUUUUCGCCGUCCAAGCAAAAAAUGGUGAAGGAAGCAGAACUCAUCUUUGUCCCAGUUCCCAGCACAGGACACCUUCUCGUCGCCAUCGAAUUCGCUAAGCGUCUGAUAGAUCUGGACCGUCGGAUCAACACCAUCACCGUCCUCCACUGGAAAACUCCCUCCUCUCCUCACGCCGACGUCUUCGCCCACUCCCUCGUCGCCUCCGAGCCUCGAAUUCGUCUCUACGCCUUGCCCAACGUCCCCGACCCUCCGCCAUUGGAGCUCUACUCCCGAGCUCCUGAAGCUUACAUCGUACAAUUCGUCAACAAAACCGCUCCUCUCGUCAGAGACGCCGUCUCAAGCAUCGUGGAGUCGCGUCGUGGGUCGGAUUCGGUUCGCGUCGCGGGUUUGGUUCUCGAUUUCUUCUGCAACCCGUUGAUCGAUGUGGGUAACGAGCUGAACCUUCCUUCUUACAUUUUCUUGACGUGCAACGCCAGAUACUUGGGUAUGAUGAGGUAUCUCCCGGAGCGGCACCGGAAUAUUCCCUCGGAGCUCGACCGGAGCUCCGGCAAAGAAGAACUUCUGGUUCCGGGUUUUGUCAAACCCGUCCCCACCAAAGUUAUGCCGUCGGGUUUGUUCAUCAGAGAAGCCUACGAUGUUUACAUCGAGCUUGCGGAGAGAUUCGCCGACGCCAAGGGUAUUCUGGUAAAUUCAUUCGCAGAGCUAGAGCCGGAAGCCUUUGAUUACUUCGGCCGUCUGGAGAGCUACCCUCCGGUUUACCCGGUCGGACCGAUUCUCAGCUUGAAGGACCGGCCAAGUCCUAAUCUGGACCCGGCCGAGAGGGACCGGAUCGUGAGAUGGCUCGACGAGCAGCCCGACUCGUCGGUGGUGUUCUUCUGCUUCGGGAGCGUGGGAAUCCUCGGUGCACCGCAGUUGAAGGAGAUAGCUCAAGCCCUGGAACUCGUGGGCUGUAGGUUUGUGUGGUCGAUCAGGACAAAACCAUCGGAGAAAACGAACCCGUACGAUCUUUUGCCAGAUGGGUUCGAUGAUCGGGUCAAGGGUCAGGGCGUCGUGUGUGGGUGGGCUCCACAGGUGGAAGUCCUGGCUCACAAGGCAAUCGGUGGGUUCGUGUCUCACUGCGGCUGGAACUCAACGCUGGAGAGCUUGUGGUAUGGCGUCCCGACAGCGACGUGGCCAAUGUACGCAGAGCAACAACUAAACGCGUUCACGAUGGCGAAGGAGCUCGGUCUGGCUGUGGAGCUGCGGGUGGAUUACGUGUCAGCACAUGGGGAGAUUGUGACAGCCGAUGAGAUCGCGAGUGCCGUGCGGUCUCUGAUGGACGGUGGGGACGGACGGAGGGAGAGGGUGAAGGAGAUGAAAGAGGCAGCCAGGAAGGCUAUGGUGGAAGGUGGAUCUUCCUUCUCUGCAGUCACUGCGUUUAUUGAGCAAGUGUUGGGACAUUGAUUCUCAAAGAUUACCAAUUCCAAUGUCCUACUUAAACAUGAGCAAGAAGAUCUGUAUAAGCUUAAGGCAAUCACUACAAAGAGCUCUUGUACUUUCUAAUGUUAUAUGAGUUACAGUAGAUUAGUAACAACUCAUGACGACAAGACAAACUAAUGUAAGAUCCACACUUCAAAGUUCAAAGAGAUCGUGGAGCAGAAGCUGAAUCCUGCAGUAGAUAGCAGAUCAGUUGUACCAAGGAAGAGAACUAUACAGAUACCCAAACUUAGUUGUUGUUCAA